CCUCCUCCUCGCUCUCCGCUCUCCGCUCUCCGCUCUCCCGGCCCCCAUUCCCCCACUCCCCAAGCCCGCGUGCUCGUCCCGCCUCCUCCCAAUCUCCCAUGGCCGACUGCUACGCGCCCGACAUGGACGAGCUCCGCUGGCUGCCGCGGGAGAUUUUCGCCGAUAUUGGCAUCGCCGACGCCGCCCCGCCAUCCGCCGCCGCCGUCGAGGACGUCGCGGUGCACCUCACGGGCAUCCUCGUCAGCAAGGAGGGACUUGCGCGCCCGCCUCCGCCGCCGCCACCGGCCCCUUACCACCGCCCCCACGCGCCGCAGGUCUCGGCACCGGGAGGGACGGCUCCGGUGGUGUACGGCGGCGGGAGCAAUGGUGGUGGCGUGCCGGCGCCGUGGCCGGCCUUGCCCUACUCACCGCCGCUGUGGCAGGUCCCGACCAAUUUCGCCAACGGCGGCGGCAGCGCCCGUUUCCUGGGCCCAAGGAAUGCUCCGCUGCGCCCCUCCCACGGCCCACCGCCGACCAAGCGGCGUCUCGGCGGUACCGGUGGUACCGGCGUGUUCCUCCCGCGCGCCCAGGCGUACCAGUACCAGCACAAGGCUGCGGCCAAAUCUCCGGCGAAAGGCAGGAAGCCACCAAAGGAGUUGCUCCAGGGGCAGCACCAGCCAGUGCAGCAGCAGCAACGCGGAGACGAAGAGGAGGCAACGAAGGCGACGCAGAAGGAAAAGGAAAGCGCAGCAUUACUGGCGCUGCCCCAGGAGUGGACUUACUGAGCGAGACGAGAUGAUGGCGAACAAACCAGUGCAGUAGCUAGCAGCAGAUCAUGUUUUGUGUUGUUUUGUCGCGUCAUGCAGAAAUAACAAGGAAUAAGAUAUGACUAAUAAGGGAUGCAUGCAGUUUUGGUGUAGUACUGGUAGAGUGGGAUUACAGUCUUUUUUGAAGAAACUAUGGCGGUUCCCUCGGUGUAUCAUCUUGUACUACUACUACCAGCAGAAAUAAAGUGGCGGCUAUGAUGAA